GUCUGUGGCAGGGAGGCGGCGGCGGCGGCGGCAAAGAUGGGCUCUGAGGACGUGCUUAGGCAGACCAGCCAGCUGGCCUCUUCCAGCGCCCUCUUGCAGAUACUGUUCCGCCUAAUUACAUUUGGGUUAAAUGCUUUUACCCUACGAUAUGUUUCAAAGGAAAUCAUUGGCAUUGUGAAUGUAAGGCUGAUGCUGCUUUAUUCUACAGUUGUUUUCUUAGCCAGAGAGGCAUUCCGAAGAGCUUGUCUGAGUGGAAGUACAAGGAGAAACUGGACCAAAACAUUUAAUCUUUUGUGGACAAUAGUCCCCUUGGGCAUGUGUUGGACUGUAUUCCUGGGCUGGGUCUGGCUAGAUAUACUUGAAGUUCCUGAUGAAAAUGCUGUUCCUUACUACAACUUUGGAGUAGUUGCAUUUGGUCUUUCCGCUGUGAUUGAGCUUCUAGGUGAACCUUUUUGGGUUUUAGCCCAAGUACACUUAUUUGUCAGGCUAAAGGUAAUUGCUGAAAGUCUCUCAAUCAUUUGCAAAUGCUUUUUGACAGUUAUUUUAGUAGUUACAUAUCCUCACUGGGGGCUUUACAUCUUUUCUUUGGCCCAGCUUCUAUAUACCAGCGUUCUGGUUUUGUGCUAUAUAAUGUAUUUCCUGAUGUUUCUGGGUUCUCCUGAAGCAACCAAAAAAUCAUUUCCAGUUACUCGUAUGAUAUCUGUUUUACCUAAUUUUGGACAAGAUGAGGAAUUUGUUAACUGGGAAGAGGCUAAAUUGACUUGGAGUUUCUUUAAGCAAUCAUUCUUGAAGCAAGUUUUAACAGAGGGUGAACGGUAUGUAAUGACGUUCCUGAAUGUGUUAAAUUUUGGAGACCAGGGAGUGUAUGACAUAGUGAACAACCUUGGUUCUCUGACAGCUCGAUUUAUAUUUUUGCCAAUAGAGGAGAGUUUUUAUGUUUACUUUGCUAAGGUUCUGGAACGCGGAAAAGAUAUCAGGUUUCAAAAACAGGAUGAUAUCUCCAUGGCAGCAGCUGUAUUAGAAUCACUGUUGAAACUAGUGCUUCUGAUUGGCCUAACUAUUACAGUUUUUGGUUAUGCGUAUUCCCAGUUGGCACUGGAUCUUUAUGGAGGUUCAAUGCUCAGUUUGGGAUCAGGGCCAAGUCUCCUGCGUUGCUAUAGUUUAUAUGUCUUGCUGCUUGCUGUUAAUGGGGUAACAGAAUGUUUUACAUUUGCUUCAAUGUGUAAAGAAGAAGUGGACAGGUACAAUUUUGUCAUGCUUGCUUUGUCCUUGGUUUUUCUGUGCAUGUCCUAUUUCUUGACCUAUUGGCAAGGCAGCAUAGGAUUUAUCUUUGCAAACUGCUUCAACAUGGGGAUCCGAAUAGCCCACAGCAUCCGCUACAUUCACAACUAUUUUGCACAGAGCCCUUACAAGCCUUUAAAGGGCCUCCUUAUAUCACCGUUGCUGUUGGUUGUUUAUUUCGUCUGUGGAGUGGCCACGGGCUUUUCAGAGGUGUUCCUGUGCUGUGAUAAAGGGUGGCUGGCCAGGUUAAUUCAUGUUGCUGUGGGAGCACUGUGUUUUAUAGCAACUCUUGCCACUAUAUUCUUCACAGAGACUAAGCUGAUCCAUUUUGUUAGGACACACAUUUUGUCAAGAUAUACCAAAGAAGUGCUAAAAUAAUCAUGUACAGACUAAUUUCUGUAUAUGAAAUGUACAUAUUUGCUAUGGAGGAGAUAUACGGGGAAUUAAAUAUGUAACUACUGUAAUAUACAGGUGAUACUGUCCGUGAAACAUACAUAACUGGUAGCAAGGUAAUUCACAGCAAUUUAAGCUGAUACAUUUGUUCAGAACUCCAAAAUUAUACCUGUGGCAAGCAACUUGGUAAGUUUACAGUGGAAGGUUACGGCUGCCCGGUAUAUGAAUGCAAAUAUUAUGCAUAAUCCUCACUUGCGGAAGCCAGUAGCUGGAAAAUACUGGGCAUUAUUCUUGUGAUGCCACACUAAUGUCACAUUGAACUGUAAUGUACUUUAGAGACUGGAGGUGCACAUCACCUGACUGCUUCUGUUUCUUAACUCUUGAC